UGGGGGCGGUGACUUCCGCUCCGCUGCCGGGGAGCGGGGCGGCUGCGCUGGGCGGCUCCUGCGCCUUGUUGUUGUUGUUGUGGAGCGUCGAGGGGGCAGAGUCGGGCGGCCAAGAUGGGCAACUGUCACACGGUGGGACCCAACGAGGCGCUGAUCGUGUCAGGUGGCUGCUGUGGAUCAGACCAAAAGCAGUAUGUCAUUGGGGGAUGGGCCUGGGCCUGGUGGUGCGUCUCACAGACACAGAGACUACCUCUGGAGAUCAUGACUGUCGUCUGUCAGUGUGAGGAUAUAGAAACCAUUGAGGGGGUCCCUGUAUAUGUUACAGGGGUUGCACAGGUGAAAGUAAUGACUGACCAGGAGUUGCUAGCCGUAGCAUGUGAGCAGUUCCUGGGGAAAAGUGUCACAGAGACUAAAAGUGUGGUGCUGCAGACUCUAGAAGGACACCUCCGAGCUAUCCUGGGCACCCUAACUGUUGAAGCCAUUUACCAGGACCGGGAUCAGUUUGCUCAGCUGGUGCGUGAAGUCGCUGCUCCUGAUGUAGGCCGCAUGGGGAUCGAGAUCCUCAGCUUCACUAUCAAGGACGUUUAUGACAAAGUGGAGUACCUGAGUUCGUUAGGGAAGUCGCAGACAGCGGUGGUGCAGAGAGAUGCGGAGAUCGGAGUGGCAGAAGCUGAGAGAGACGCCGGGAUCCGGGAAGCUGAAUGCAAGAAGGAAGCCAUGGAUGUUAAGUAUAGUGCAGACACCAAGAUGGCAGACUCCAAGCGAGCCUUUGAAAUGCAGAAGGCGGCUUUUAAUCAGGAGAUAAAUACAAAGAAAGCAGAGGCUCAGCUGGCUUACGAGCUGCAGGGGGCCAAGGAGCAGCAGAAGAUUCGACAGGAAGAAAUCGAGAUCGAGGUGGUCCAGCGCAAGAAGCAGAUCGACAUUGAGGAGAAAGAAAUUGUCCGCAUGGACAAGGAGCUGAUCGGGACGGUGAAGAGGCCGGCAGAAGCAGAGGCAUUCAGGAUGCAGCAGAUUGCAGAAGGCCAAAAAGUGAAGCAAGUUCUGAUCGCCCAGGCUCAAGCUGAAAAGAUCCGCAAGAUCGGAGAGGCUGAGGCUUCUUCUAUUGCAGCCAUUGGAAAAGCCGACGCUGAGAGAAUGCGAUUGAAGGCGGCAGGUUAUCAGCAGUAUGGAGACGCAGCCAAGAUGGCAAUGGUGCUGGAUGCCCUUCCCAAGAUUGCCGCAGAGAUUGCAGCUCCACUUGCUAAGACGGAUGAAAUAGUGAUUCUUGGAGGAGACAGUAACCGUGUAACAUCGGAGGUCACACGUCUACUGGCUGAGGUCCCUGCCUCUGUCCAGGCUCUCACAGGGGUUGAUCUAUCAAAGGUUCCUUUGAUCCACAGUUUAACCAAUGCCCAGGCUUGAUCAUCAGAGACACAACUUUGGAAUGUGCCCCCACAGAAAGUACUACUCCACAGAUCUGCACCUCAGAAUACUUGUUUAAGGAUCACCUUUUCUACGGAUAAUUUGUGUGAUUUUCCUUUUUAAAUUUUUUUUUGGUUUUCUUUUUAACCUCUGGUGCCUUAAUUUAAUCUGGUUCAGAAUAUUGAUCAGUUUUUUUAAAAUAAUCCAAAUUUUCAAUGAUUGGUUUUCAUUUGUUGUUCAUACUUUGCUUUCAGGGUACAUAACACUUGUCCAUGUUGCAGGUUGCCUAGAGGUGAGUUGUUCAUCCAAACAAUCCAUCAGCCUUAUGUAAAGUUGGCUUUUUGAAACUUUCUGCAGCUUCCUUCCUUUUUCUUGUUUCUCGAUUUCAGCGCCUAACCUAACCUGGUGAGGCCAGUCGUUCCUGUACUCAGCUUCUAAUUUUCAUGUGGAAUACCUAAACUGAUUUCCACUAACCUUCAGAGGACACUGAACUCUUGAAGUGCCUUUGUUAAAUUUAAGCUACUCCCUGGACAUUCCAAGAUCUCCCUGACAUAUCCUGCAAUAUGGACAAGAAACCAAGCAAAGGAUGACAAGUACUGAAAGAGUUGAAAGCUCCAACAGGCCAGAUGUAUUUUUGCCCUGCCCCAAUGUCACUGGUCUAACUUGAUCAUGGAAUGGUGAUACCAGGGGACAUAGCUAAUCCUGGAUAGUUUCCUAAUGAUCGUCUUGGAAUGAGAGAGAAGUGACUUGUUGCAGUUGGGUGGUUGAGGAUGUGUAGAGGAUAUUUUUGGAAGUUCUGCAGGACUGAUAUUGGGUAUGGUGUGAGAUUGUGUACAUUAAAAUUGAAAGUCACUGUGGGGAUUGGUAUAGGGUACACAACCUGCAAAAAAUAAAGUUUAUAUAUACUAAAAAACAUUUUAGUCUCAGCUGUUGAAUGUCCCAUGUACUAUGUACGUGACUAAACCACGUGCGUACCUCAAUGUGGUCUCCAGUUUGAUUAAUAAUCACCUUUAAAAAUGUCCUCUACACACCAGUGAUCAUAUCCAUUUGGAUCUCUGCUAUUGACAAAUACAAAUGUCCAGCGGAGGUGAUGGGUUACUGGUUGUUGCCUGUGGAACUACAACACAGAUGCAACACCUCAGGUUGCAGAGAGCUGUCAAUACCAUUACACUCCCAACUAGUAGAGCUAGAAAACAACUUCACCCCCUUCCCUGCAUCUUUAUUGGUAGAAGGAUGGUUCCUCAGCCACGGCCAUGGGGAGUAGCCAGGAUACCUGGCUAUGGGUCAUUUACCAGAGUUCCAUAUUUGUGACUGCGCAGAGUACGUUUACCCUGAAGUGAAUCCACCAGUGGAGUCCUCUAGUGACGCACCUCAACUUACAGUCUGAAGUGAAAUCGCAGAGUUCAGUUUGGAGGCUUUGAUGCUUUUUAGCCUCGUGUUCACUGGCUGCAGGAUAAGUUUGCGAUUCUCUGGGUUUUUUCCUAUCUUGUGCUGAGGAAUGGUCGGUAAGAGUCCAAAAGGACUGAGGUUGUUUUUACCACUGAAGGUGGCAGAUUCCCUCACCCAAAAAUUCCCUCGCAGCAGCUAAACAACGUUUCUCCAAUUUAUCAAAGUCUUAAAUUCAAGAUGUAAACCAACCAGCUUGGAUGAAAUCCACCUCCAGACUGCAUCAACUCAAACAUUAACACAUGUAUUUUAAACUAAUGAGUGGCUUUGUUGCAAAAGCAGUGUAUUGUCAUGCACACCCAGCUCAUUGCAGCAUGUGGUGCAGUGUGAUUUUAAUUUAUUAACUGCCCUCGCCAAUACAAAUAGUUUCCUACUAGUUUAGUGUAACCUGAAGUUUCCAGUCUCAAUCUGAGAGAUUAUUGCAAAUUCUAGAAAGCCAUUUAAAAGUUAUCCUUGGUGUGUGAGCUUGCCCCCCACCCCCCCCCCCCCCCCUGUCUGAGUGGCUCUAGGAGUGGUGCAGGCUGACACACCAACCAUCAGCCGGGUGCUCCACGCGUUUCUUGUUUUUUUUCAAAAUGUGUUCCUGAAACAGAAGCCUUAAUCCACAGCUCAGUCACAAAGGAGAGAAGAACAGAUUUUUAACCCCAAUGGACUUUGUUUCCAUUACUGUGAAGGAACUUGUUACAGUGUCAUUGUGACAUGACCUUUUCUGAUUCCAGGUUUCUCGUGUGUUCCAUUUCUGCCCUGAUCUCCGGUACAAUGGGGAUGAGUAUCAUAAAGCAGCCUUUGGCUCUGGGUUAAAUAGAUCUUCUCCAGCAUGGGGAAGGUAGGGACUGACUGUGGUCCCAGGUGUGUGAUGCUGGCUGUUGGGUGUUCAAAGGGCACAGUGAAAAGUUUGAUCUGUGCAUUCCCUUCCCCUUUGGGAAGUCCAGACCAGCUUUAACUUUGCACUUUAACCUCUGACUAGUCCAAAUUCCAACACCACUGCUGAGCCAAUGGGAUGCUAUUAACUGGACUGUGGCAUGUACAACUAGCCACACUUUUUUUUAAUGCGUUGACAAUGUAAACUUUUUUAAAUUAAUUUUACCAUAUUUCUUUCCUGCCAAAAAUAACUUUGAUUUGUUACAAAUGAUGCAUCUGUAAAAAAUGAAUCAAAAUAUCUGCAUUGAAAACUUUAAGUAGAAAGAGGAGCGAAUGUGGUAUAUUUAAUAUGUACUCGAUAACACCUGUAGAAUUAGUGGUACAAUUAUGUAUACAGUAGGAAGUAAUUCAUGUAAUCUGUUUUUGAAAUUGAAUGGCAUCCAUGGUAAUCUCUCAGUGAAAUAUGAUAAAUACUGAUAUGUUGG